CCCUAAUCGGGAUUACCUGUUUUUAAAAGUCAGAAUCAUAUCUUUUACCAGGUCGAUUUUUUCUAUAUUCAGGCUUUUUAAACAAUCUGGUGUGUAGGCUAACAUUAAUAAUUCUCAGACUAAAAUGGUUGUCUCGAACGUGAUUCGUGUAGUCGGCCGAUUCAGCCUAAAUGGAACUCGAGCAGGACUGUCAGAAAUUUGCCAGAUGAGACGAAAAUAUACUUUUCGGAGUGGAGCCCUCAAACCCAUGCCCGACAUCACCCCGUUCGGACUAUUCGGAGUCAUUAUUACGGUCAUCCCUGGGUUGCUGAUCGGUGCAACAAUCAGCAAGAAUAUGGCCAACUUUCUGGAAGAGAACGAUCUUUUUGUCCCUUCGGAUGAUGACGACGAUGAUGAUUAAGCGGAUACUGAUGGUUGAUGGUUUUCUCUGCGUACACUGUUUGAAUCGAUAUUUUUAGAAACACUGGCGAUGAUUAUUUUUUGGUGUAAAUCAGAAUUUAUUAUUUUAUAGUCAGGAGUCUUGGUUAUAAACAGUUAAAUCUGGUAAUUAAGCAGUUUGUGGAUUACGUUUUUUUAAAUAACAUAAAAUCAAUGCUUUUUUUACUACCUACAACUAUAACAACUCUAACCGAGCUCGUUCGGAAGAAAAUAAAGCUUCGUUAUAGUUAUUUGUGCUUAUAACGAAAUGUUUUAUUAAUUUUUCGUGAAUUGAAUGUAUUGUUUAUACAUUUGUAAAUAUUUCUGUUGUAAUAUUGUAGCACUUAAAUAAAAUUUUUCAAAUAACAGUAUAAUAUAAACCUUGACAUGUCUCCAAUACAAGUGUGGCUCAUCUUCCUGUGCAGUGAAUUUUAUUUGUUAAUUGAUUCAAUAAAAUAUCUAAGAAAAGCUAGUUAUAAGCAAGCACAAUAAAUUAUUUAAAGAAGACAAUUUUCAAUUUGAAAAUCACAAUGUUAACAAUUUACUGGUACAAUUAAUUAUGAACAGCUGUUGGUGCCGUUUGUUUCGAAAUUAUGUUGUGUUGUAGUUGUUUAAUAAACAGUAGUGUUUGUUACUACUAGUGCUUCUAAGAUAUGUUCAAAUGAUAUAACAAAAUAAAAACAAGCGUUAUUCAAUGAAAAAUAA